AUGGAAGUUGGUGACAAAACUUAUGUCGGCUUUGGAUGGGAAGCAGUGACCUGGCCAUUCUUUGCGACGUCUCUUCAGCCGUCCUUGGCGUUUUCAAACUUUGUCUUCGCUUUUCAAGAUGAGGCGGGUGAGUUGGUUUUUGUUUUUGAAAAAAGUUUUUUUUCCGUUUGCACAGUGCAGAAAAGGUGGUUUUGAAAUUUUUGCACAGUGCGAGCGAAGAAAGGCCCUGAAUUUUGUACAGUGGAAAAAAAUAUUUUUUUUUUUUAAUUUUGCAUUGAUGUGAAAAUUUAAACUUUGCACUGUGCAAGAAAAAAGAUUUUUUUUAUUUUUGCACAUUGCAGAUACCGUAGUUUUGAAAUUUUUGCGCAGUGCAAGUCUGUGCAUUAUCCACAAAAUUUUUUUUUGCACAGUGCAGAAUCCAAAAAAAUAAAAAAAAUUGACUGCACUGAUUCCACCAUUUUUUUCAGUCAGUCAAAUUGUCCACGACGCCUACGUCCGUCUGAAUGCGAAAGCCGUCCGAAAAACGCGAGUUUCGGGCUCGAUUAUUGACACUUUGUCCGAUGUUCAGCUCUACUUCAUCAAUCUGGCUCAAACAUUGUUGAUUCAGAGGGCCAAAUAUGAUGCAACCACACUCUUCGACGAUAACGACAAGAUUUGGAAACUGUUCAAAUGCCUGAGGCCAUUUUCUAAUGCCUUUAAAUGCGAGCCGGGUACCAAAUACUACCAAGUGGAGGAAUGUCGAGUUCUCAAAGGAAACAUAUUCCCAAAUUACAAUUUGAGUUACUAUGGGCACGACGCGGUCAAAAGAUUCUUUAUGAAUUAA